AAUGAUUUACUUACGUUUUUUUAAACUACAUUUCAAAAACAAAAAUGAAGCCGGGUGUUUUGUUUUCCUUGUGAAGAGGGUCAGAUCAAAUGACCGUAUGCAUGCAUACAUGCAUGUGACGACGUGAAAACUUGAUCCUGAUCAACAAUUGAUGGGCGCGUGCGCGCGCACGCACGCACAGACUUUGUGAUUGUUGUCGUUGCUGGGCUGCCGAUGGGUAACCAUGGCAAGACAUAGUCGACGUUUGAAAAGUAGUUUUAGACCAAAACUGCGAACCGCAUUCAUUCUCCGGUUUUAUGCUCAUUUGAACUUUUAGUCAUGAAAGCACUCAUUUCCCUCUCAACAACUCUUCCAUAUAGUUUGCCAACGAGAGGAAUGAGUGCAUUGGAUUUUGGUCCGACCCGAAAAAAGGCUUUGGGUCCAUUCUUGACAAUUGGGGUUUCUUCGGCGUUGACUUCCUGCUUGUGUUUCCACGGCAACAGCCGGCGCAACACAACCGAAACACGCGAGCGAGCGGUCUUUUGGCGACCGGCGUCUGGCCAGUGGUUGUCAUGAGGACGGCUGCUGCGCGUGCCCGCGGGAGGGAGGGAGGGAGAUGCUCGCGCUUGCUUAACGGGUGGCCAUCGGUCGUUCUUGCCUCUCUUCGCAGUCUACUUUUUCUCGUUGUGGCUGUUGUGUGUGUUUUUUCUCGCCCAGCCCUGGGUGGAUGGCGUCCAACAGCGCCAACCCGCAGCCGGGUGACCCGGCGACUGUAGUAACGAUGCCGGAGCUUCCCGCAGGAGCCGCUGUGUGCACAACUCUGCCGGACCUGCUCUAUCUUCCCGAACUCGUGUUUGGGGGUCUGGUGUGGAUCCUGGUGGCGUGCACGCUGGUGGUUCCCCAGAACCCGCAGGGCUGGGUGAUGUCGGUCAGCGUCUUCUGCUUUGUCACCACCUUCUUGUGGAGCCUCGUGUUCCUGUGCGGAUGUCAUUCCAACAAAAGCCGCUGGGUGGCAGCGGAUUUUGCCUAUCACCUGACGGCCGCUGUCUUCUACCUCAGCGCUUCCGUGUCCUUGGCCAAAGUUACGCUGGACAUGGAGAACGCCGGAAACUUCCAGUACUACCAGCUGGACAUUUCGGCUGUGGUGUUUUCGUACGCGGCCACGCUGCUGUACUUUGUGCACAGCAUCCUGUCGGCCAUGCGCUGGAAGACCUUCUAGAACUUUUCCAUCCGGCUGUCAAGAAAUCUCGUUGACGCUUGCAUUGGACCAACGAUGUUGACCUAUUUAUUUGACACUGUUCUUUCCGUCUAAGAUUUCCAUUGGACGGUGCAAGCGUAUUGUGACUUUGAUAUUUGGCAUUAUGAGGAUCCGCUCGCCUUAUUUUACGAUUUGUUGAUUGAGGACAUUUUAAAAGUCGUGUGACACAAUUCGUUUGGGACACCAUGAUAUUUGACGUUAUUGGAAAUUAUUUCUGUUUGCUAUUGUUAAUGUAGAUUGAUGACACGUUUGACUAGCUGAAUUCUGAAAUUGAUAAGUAUUGAUACAUAUUUAUCGUUGUUAUAUCUUUCAACGCUUGACAUGAUUUAGCUCAUUUAUACUUGUUCAUUUUUGACAUAUUUAUCGACAUACCUCGAUUUAAUGCUGUUUAGUGACAUUUAUGUUUGGCACCGACUCGUUCAUACCAGAAGAGAUUCAUUUGUGAAAUAUUUAUAAUAAAGAAUGUUUUGAAUCAA